UUACCUGUUCCAACUCAGACGUGGCCAGCUUGCCACACAGUAAACACGAGCUACCGUUCGCGAUCAAACUAGAAUCAACCGAAUUUUUAUAUGCAAAUAAAAAUUAAGAAAUAAUAUGUGGAAACUUUUGCUAAUUUGUAUCGUCAUGAGCGCAUUAUACACUGAGGGCGAUGCUGCAUCAUCGGGCCGGAAGGUGUCGCGCCGUCGUCGCGGCUAUGCGGGUGGGUAUGCAGGUGGCUAUGCCAGCAGCGGCGGCGGAGCAGGUGGCUAUGCUGGCAGCUACAAUGACUACGAUGACUACGGCGGCGGCUACUCAUCACAUUUUGGAAUCACGGAUCCCUACCUGUUCCACCAGCAGCUGACCAACCAGAUUCUCGCCCAGAACUACGCAACCCAACAAGCUAUAACGGGACUGGCCACGUCGGGCGAUGCGGUCGCAUCUGCGGAUGCGACCAUAAGCGAUGAUGACACCCGCAUCCAGCAGCAGAUCGCCGCCCAGCAGGCCUACCACGACAAUGUGGUGCGACAGAACAGCUAUAGAGGCGGCUCGGGAGGCUCCUACAACUCGCACCGCUAUGCACCCAACUAUGCCCUGGCUUCUGGCACCAUCGGCUCCAAUGGAAUCAGGCAAACUGCCUACAUCAGUCCCGCUAGUGCGGCAACACCCAAUAUUGUGAACCGCUUCGGUGGCCCCAGCAGCAGCGGUGGUGGCGGCUUCAAGGGCGUCUCUGUCUCCUCGUUCAGCAGCAGCAAUGGCGAUGGCACCAGUCGCCGUGGUGCACAGACAACCAUUAACGACAAUGGCAAGGUGACCUCCUACUCGGUGCACUCUUAGGGUGGACCCAUACCCAGCCCAGAUCAGAGCUUAACUCAACUCUUGGUGUUUAGCAUACAUAUUAUAUAAACCAUACGGCAGCUAAUAACUCUCUAUUUAUAUGCUUUGAACACACAAAUACACACUCUAUAUAUAUACUUUAUAUAUU